AUGGCCGCGAUGCGAUCCGUCUUUGUCCCCUUUGCAGUGGGCUCUGCGUUGUGUCUAGGCAAAGGCUUGGCGUAUCUCGAGAUGAGCCUGGUGAUAACCAAGAAGCUCUGGUACUUUGAUUUUGAAAAGGCGGCAGGCAAAUCAGGUGAGCUGGGCGGUGGUGAUCCCCAGUCCAGCAGCAGGCCUCGUGUAGAUGAGUUUCACUUGUACGAUUCUCUGAUUGCUGACCAUGAUGGCCCCAAUCUGGUGUUUUCACCCAGAGAUACGUAUUGGAAGGAGCUAGUACAGCGCGACUAG